UAGGGGCGCCGCCGCGCGAUCAACUGCUACGGUGCUACGGCGACGUGGAGCGAAACCGAGGGUCUCUCGACAUUCUAGCUGAUUAAACCGUAUCCGAGGUGUCGCUGAUUGAGUGAUACUUAAAAUCGACCAAUGGAGACCUUCGAGGACGACGACGACACCCACUUUUGCAUCAAGUGCAAUUUGACAAUACACGGUCUCGAUAAUUACGUGCGGCAUCGUCAGUCGGGCUGUCGGCCGCCCGACGACAAAAACGACACCGUCCACGAGUCACCUUCGACGCCGACAACGGUGUCCUAUCCCGAGAUUCUAAACGCGGAUGCGUUCUUCAACUCGCUGGAAUUACAGAGCAGCAAGUCGAAUCCGCGGCGAGCACCGGAUUUAUUGGACAAUGGUAGAAAAUACAAGAAAGAGGAAAGAAAAAAGAAAGGCCAGAAGAGCGUCCAGGUGGACGCCGACGAGCCCGGCGCGAAGGAUAAACUCCACAGCAUGUUGCCCGCCGUCAGCGAAUUGGACGAUUCCGUUCAUUUAUGCAUCCAAUCCCUCGUGUUCCCCGAUAUCGUCGCCUCGACGAUCUUGACCGGCAAAACCUCGGCAAGCGUCACGCCGAGUAAAUUGACGCAAUCGAUGUCGCAAGCCGGCUCAAACAUGGACGGCGCGAGUUUCCCGGCCAAACACGAGUCGGAAACGUCGCUGGAGAGUCUAAUGACCGACUCGAAGCAGACCGACCGAAAGAGGCAGGAGAAUCCUCAGCGAAUGGAGUCCGAUCACCAGACCUGGCUGGAGGAUAUCAUUCUCGCCGACCUUACUUUGGGAAACAGCGAGAACAAAGAGCUGACUAGAUACGACUUCGAGUACCAACAGGACGACGAUUCGGAGGACGACAUGCUGGACGACGAUUCGGAGGAAGACGAUUCCUACUCGGAUUCCGACGACGGCGAAAAUCGGGAACGUCCACCGCGAGGUCACACCGGCGGAAAGUGGAAGCCUGAGCUCGGCGAUUUGCCGCAGGACAUGCCACAUAUGCAUGAGGACGAUGUGGAUCCCGAGGAUGAUCAUCAGGAACGCCCCCCGCCGACGUAUACCGGCGGAAAAUGGAAACCGACGGAGACAACGCAAAAGAUCGAGGAAUACGAGAGCAAGGACACAUCCGGACAACCGCCGCCGGGAUACACGCGAGGGAAAUGGGUACCGGGUGCACGAACGGAUAUCGAAUCGGGAUAUUGGUGCAAUCCUUGCGGCAGGAAGCUCGCCUCACGAUUGGUCUACAACAGACAUCUGCUCUCUGAUUUGCACGCUAGAAGGAGCAUUAGAGAGAUCGACGACGGUGUUCAUUUACCACGCGGAAUGGAUUCGUACGCGAACAGAAGAGUGUCCACUCGUAGGAAGGCUUCGUUCGCAAUGAAAGCGCAAGAGGAACCCGAGCGGAAGGAAGGCAAGAAAGGCGUGCGCAGAAGAGAGAAGGAGUUCCUUUCGUGCGAGAUGUGCCGCUCGCGCGUGAGGAGGCCUCAAAUGGGUAAACAUUUGCUUUCCCAUUACCAUUGCCGCGUGGCAGGAGUGAAUCCUUGCAGUCCGAGCGCACGCCGCUUCCUACUGGAAAACAUGGCGAAUGUGGUGCGACAGUGUUCCUUCCAAUGCGCCCCUUGUCGUUUUUACUGCAACACCGAGGAGACGUUCCUACUUCAUUGGCGUUCUGAUCUUCAUGUCAAGACUUUGGAACAGAUCGGCGGCAACUGCAAAUGCACUCCGUGUGAUUUCUGGUGCGAAGACAGCGAGAUGAUGGAGGCUCACCUUCUCAGUGCGAAUCAUCGUGAGGUGGUGUCUAUGAUGAACGGCUCCGUGCCGGUGGUAAUCAGUUGCCAACGCGCCUUGCCCUGCCGCACUUGCGACCGGCAAUUUCGAUACAACUUCCAGCUGCGAGUGCACGCGAAGGAGACGGGCCACGAGCCGAAUUUCACCGCGUCGGACGAGUAUCAGCAUCGUAUUCGGUGCGACAUGUGCCCGAAGAUCGUACGGUCCCUGAUCUCGUUGCAGCGUCAUCAGCUGCACUGUCACGUCGCCAAGGACGAGGGACACAGCAAAGAUACGACGGUGGUCGCGCGACCGGCGCCGUACUUCUGCUCGUUCUGCUCGAUGAACUUCGUCACCACCCAUGAAGCGAUCCGACAUCGGAGAACUUCCAGUCAUAAGGAGGCUGUAAAAGCCCGCAAGAGUCAGGAAGGAUUGGCGGAGACUACGGUACGAGAGUGCUCUCACUGCAAUGAGAAGUGUUCGAAUCUCCCGGUGUAUAAGAAUCAUCUUCUCCAUUGUCAUCCGGAACUAUGCCACAGAUGCCCUCGGUGCGGUGUGCUCUUUGCGCUCUCGCAAGAAGUCACUAGGCACACACGAGAAGGCAAUUGCACCAAGGACGACGAAAUGAGUAUGGCUCAAAUGAUGGAUGUGGAGAAAGAAUGGAAGUGCAAGAAUUGCGCGUUUUCCACGGAUUCUCGAGGCGAAUAUGUCUUUCACGAGGCUCUCCAUGCCGGUGCCGUUGAAACCGACGAAGGAACGUCCAGUACCGACAAGCUAUUGCCGAAGUAUCAGUGUCCAAUUUGCCAGAAGACCCUGACGAAAGCCUCGCUACGGAUUCACAUAAGGCAACACACCGGUGAGAAGCCCUUCCCGUGCGCGAAGUGCUCAGCCUCGUUCUCGAAAAGAUCGGACCUGAACGCUCAUCGGAAAGUGUGCAGCACUUCCUUGUCAGCGGAAUGCCUGGAUAAAACUGGCCGCCAGCGGAACUUCGUCUGUUCGGACUGCAAAGGAAGCUUCUACACAAAGCAUGCCCUUCAACAGCACAUGUUGCGACACUCGGGCAAGAAGUACAAGUGCGGACUUCCGGGCUGCCCGACGGUCCUUCGCACCGCGUCGGAGCUCGAGCGGCACCGAAAGCUGACCCACGACGGUACCGAGAAGCAGUACUCCUGUCCCGAUUGCUCGUACGCCGCGAAAACGAAGACGCAGUUACGCAGGCAUAGAGCGAAGCACGAGGAUGCCGUGAACGCCAAGGAACGCCAGAUCCACUGUUGCAGUUACGCGGGUUGCGAUUUUAAAACUAAAGUCAAUUCUCACUUGCAGAGACACGUGCGGUUGCAUACGGGAUCUAAACCGUACAAAUGCCGACACUGCUCUUACGCGUGCAACAAUCUGGAGAACCUGCGGAAGCACGUGCUGUCGACGAAUUUGCAUCCCGGCAAGACGAUCUACGAGUGUAAUUUCUGCGACGGCGAAACAGCCGAUCCGUUCCGCACGAAUUUCGCCAAGGAACUUCGCGCUCAUCUCUCGGAAGCUCACGUCGGACGCUUCCCGACGCCGGACCACGCGAACAAGUACGUCCUCGAGAUUUUUUCUGCCACUCCGAGCGCUUCCACAUCCAAUUAACCCAGAAAGUACCGAGACACAAUAUUGUCGAAUUUUCACAAUUUAAUUACGUCGAUCCUACACUAAGGAAAACAAGAUUUACCUUAAAAAUUUACUUGCGAAAUAUAAGGUUUAUUUCACAGAAAAAAACGUUUGUUUAAA